AUGGUGCACUGCGCAUCCAGUUCCACAACUACUGCGAGGGCCAAUUCAACUGAAGCAGCCUACAGCGGCUACACGGCUGUUAACAGCACUGGCUGCCUUGGGCUUAAUGGGCAGCGAAUCGGUGAGGCAAAUCACCCAGGGCCUUUGGAGUUCCUCACCAUUGGCACUACGAACCCCGGAGGGUUGCGCAACAAAGAGCAGCUGGCAGUGGAACAGGGAAGUGGGAUUUGGAGCUAUUCCGAGACGCAUCUCUCCAAGGUCACCCAGAUCUCUGCAGCCAAAGCCCUCAAGUUCCAUGCAGCGAAUGAAGGCAGACACUUGCGGGUUCAUUUUGGGGCACCAGCAGCCCUUCGAGCGAGGUCCAGUUGGGCAGGAACAUGGACCGGGGUCGCUUGCACUAGUGACCACAGCUCAAAAGUUCUUCAAGUUCCCUGGCCGGACGAUUUUUGGGCAUCUGGCCGAGUCCUUGCGACACAACACUUUGUCGGACACCACGUGAUCACUGUGGUCACUAUUUAUGGUUUGCCACGGGGUCCCACAUGGCCCAAAGCUGCUGAGUUGACAAAUUCCCUCCUGGAGUACAUCACCAAAGAGUUUGUGGUGGGAUACCAGGGCAUCAUUAUCAUCAAUGGUGACUUCAACUACAGCCCCCAUGAGCUGCCAUGUUUUGACGUUUGGAGAGCCUAUGGAUUUUGCUCUGCACAAGACUAUGCCAACCAUCGAUGGCAUCAACCCGUUGCACCAACUUGUAAAGGAGCAACCGAACGUGACCUCCUUUGGAUGUCACCGAUGGCGGCAGCACUAUGCCAAAAGGUGGGUGUCAACGAUGUCUUCCAUGACCACUCCUCGGUCUAUGUGCAGCUCCAAGUUGAAGUGCUUCCACAUGUCAUGCGUACGUGGCCUAGGCCACGUGAGGUGCCAUGGCAACAAGUUCCCAUUGCAGAAUGGCAUCAACAUUGUGAAAGCCUGGAUUUACCAGUUCCCACUGACCCAACGCUGGCCAUGAAAGAGCUCGCAAUAUCCUUUGAGACAUCCUUGACAGGAUAUGUUCCAGACCUACACGAGGCCAAACUUUCGUCUGCGCACUGUGGGCGUGCUCAGCGACUUCAACCAGCACGACAAACAACUACGCCUUUGACCUGUCGGGCAAGCAGACCGGGCGAAGCCAAACUGGUUGAUGACAAAGUUGGCAAAGCGGUGAUCUUGUGGUUCAAGCAGCUGCGCCGAAUCCAGUCAUUUAGACAUGCCAGCUGCGCUGGCCACUUGCAUCAUGAAGCUGUACAAUACAGAAUCGAGCUCUGGACAGCGAUCAAAAGAGCCAAGGGCUUCAAUGGGUCAUUUAGUGAUUGGUGGCUCUCUCAAGAGUUUGCCAUGGGGUUGGGCCCUUUGCCCGAGCAACCUCCAGGAGCACACCAAGCGGUCCUCAUUUACCAGGCUUUUCACCAUGUUUUUCGUUCUUUUGAACAAUGGCACCUACGCCAACGACAACAGGUCUUGCAAGCCAAGUACGACAAAACGAUGAAGGCUUUGUUCCACGACCUUAGAAAGCCAAGACCUGAUCAAGUUGAUUCUUUUUGGGACACUCGGUCCUAUGAAGUUGCGGCCGUCAAGGCUGACACCAAGGGGAUUCUUUUUACACAGCCCGUGCCGAGCCAUGAAGAUGGCCAAUGGUUUUUCCAAGGGCAGUCACUUGCUGUGCAUGGCUCCAUUGAAGAGCUCCUGAUUUUGGAUUUCCUUCCAGAAGUUGCUCCUGGUGACCACAUUGACUUUCACUACCACACGGUCACCACAGACCAGGUUCACCAAAGCCUCAUGGACUUUUGGCAACCAAGAUGGAAUCGCGAAGAGCUUCAACAAGCUGACACCUGGAGCAGAAUGAUCAACUUUGUCAAGGCAUACAUGCCCAAAAUACCAUUGACCUUGCCGACGUUGACUGUGGAAAUGUGGCGAGAAGCACUCAAGAGAUUCAAACCACAGGCGGCAAGAGGAGCUGACGGAUGGGCCAGACUGGACCUCCUCAACAUGUCCAGACCCCACACAAAUCAACUUUUGCGGCUACUCACGGCCAUUGAGAAUCGACAGAUGACUUGGCCGGACCAACUGCUUGAAGGGCUGGUCAUUGCAAUAGCCAAAUGUGACGGGGCCCAUCGGCCCAAUGAGUUUAGGCCAAUUGUUUUGCUUUCCAUCAUCUACCGUUGCUGGGCGUCCCUGCGAUCACGGCAGAUGCUGCAACAACUCGAGCCUUUCAUCCAUGCAGAUGCACAUGGGUUCUUGCCGUCCAGAGAACCAGCCCAGACAUGGAUGCAGAUACAAGCGGCUGUGGAAACCUCACUCCAGUCGGAAUUGCCUAUGGCUGGCAUUGGCACGGACUUUGUGAAGGCAUUUAACUGCAUCCAGCGCAGGCCACUUUGGUUUUUGGCCGAAGCGCUGGGGAUACCUGAUGGGCUGCUCUGGCCUUGGAAAGAGUUUGCGUCGCGAUUUACACGCAGAUUCAUGGUCUGCAACCAAGUCAGUGGCCCUAUGCGCUCCACUCAAGGAUAUGCAGAAGGAUGCCCUCUCAGUGUGCUGGCUAUGGCGUUGAUAGACUGGGGGUACCAGGUAUAUCAAUACCAAUAUGCCCCUCAAGUCAGACACCUGUCAUUUGUCGACAACAUCUCAAUGUUGGCGCGACAAGCGCAUCUUGUGGCAUGGGCAUUUUUUACGCUAAGAGCCUUUCUGACAAUGUGGGGGCUCAGCUUGGACUUGGACAAGACCUAUGCCUGGGGCACCACAGCUGAAAUUAGACUCCAACUCAGCCAACUGGGGAUCCGUGUUGUGCAAGACUUCAGCGAACUUGGAGGCGCACUUUCUUUCACUGCUGCGCACAGAGUACGCUUCUUUGUCAACAGAGGAGCCAACCUCCAGGACAAGUGGCAACAGUUGAGAAGAUCAAGAGCACCCAUAGCUCAAAAGCUCCACGCGGUGCCGAUGGUUUUCUGGGCAAAAGCGCUGCACGGCGCACUGAGUUGCACCGCAGCUGAACGGCACAUUCACAAGUUGCGGACACAAGCAGUUAGGCAUUUGGGGCUUCAACUUGCUGGAUCAAAUCCCAUGCUUCGACUUUCUCUGGCAUGCCCUCAUAAUGCCUUCGAUGCGGACGUGACGAUUUGGACUGACUCUGCGAACACCUGCAGACGAGUGUGCCAAGCCUUACAUGAUCCAGCUGAACACUGGGAUGGUGAGAAUUCGGAUCUCUGGACCAGAAUGAUGACCAUUUUGGCGCAGACGCGCAACGGCCAAGUUGAAGUGCGCUGGACACCAUCUCACAUAGAUGACCUUUUGUGCGAAAACCCAACAGAGGAGUACCUCGCAGUCUGGAAUGAGAUAGCUGACCAGCAUGCGGUGAACACAAACCGAAACAGAGGGCUAGCGUUCACCCAGCUGUGCCAGACGGCGGAGGAGUUCUACCAGUUGUGGAGAAAGCGACUGCAGGCCUUGCGACACUUUUACCUUCAAGUUGCCAAUACCACAAAAGAGGAGCAGGAGAUCAUCGAUCUCACAGAUGAGCCUGAUGUGUUGGUUCAGAAAGUCUUCAACGAGACGCUGGGAGACACUUUGCCAGUGAACUGGCAAAAUCAGUUGAGCCUGAACUCUGAGAGCCUUGCACAGCCUGUUGAAUUUGUUUUGACCCUUUUCAGCAAAUGCAUCGCUGAAGAGCCCAUGCAAGCCAAUUUUGUUGCAAUUAGUUUCGUUGAAUUGCAGCAGACGUGGCAAAGCCUUGUUGAGACCAGCGACGCCAUCGAAGGCCGCCCCGUUGGGUUCAUCCAGGACAUCCUGAGUGAUGAACAUGGUGCUGGGCGUCGGCCCACAACAGCUGGGAGAUGCUUCGGCCCUGCAAGACUCAUCAACUUCCUGGACCAAGAGCACCAAUCGCUGUUCCAGGUGGCGCGCGUCGUGCGUCAGCUGCGUGAAGCAGAGUUCCACUGUGCGGAAAAGGAAUUUCUACGACUGGCGAGGCAUGAAUUGUCGACACCUUCCACCCAGAGCCUGAUCGCAGCUUGUGCGGACGUAGAUGUCACGCGAGCCAGCGGUUGGCUUCAAGUCUUGAGGAAGAACGGGCGACAGAUUUCGCCCAAGAGCUUUCAGUUGGUGGUGGAUGCCUUGAUCAAAGAAGUUCGGAUGGUGGAGGCCGAUGACAAAGGGGGAUUGAGCCGAACUGGGGACAUGGCGGAACUGGGUAAAACUGGGUAA